AUGCUCCUGAACGAGGUGGAGGAUAUCCUCCGCGAAUUCUACGGAUCCUGGAACAUCGGGCACACCAACUUCGUCUUCAAGCUCCACUACCUCGUCAGUUUUUAUUUGUUGACCAUUUUCAUCUUGGCCAGUUCAGUUCAACUCUUCGCCAAAAACUACGUUAAUUGUGUGGGCACGAAAGGUGAGACGGAAAAUCACAUCGAUAAGUUCGCAUACUACUUCUAUACUUUCACAAGGGUCGAGGACAAAUAUGGGGUAUUGAAAAAUGACAUGGUUGUACACAGUUAUUACUUUUGGGUCCCAGUUCUUUUUAUUUAUCAUCUCUUUGUCUUCAGAUGGACAUAUUACGUUUGGCAAGGUUGUGGAGGAAAACUUCUCAGAAAACUCGAUGAAGACAAAAACAAAGCAAAAAUGUUCGCUAUAUACAUUGAACAACGGGUUAAACACAAACUGAAUGAUAAGUGGUUAUUUCAGCUCGUGUUUUUAGAACUGCAGAACAUUUGUGUGUGUGUACACCAGUGGAUAACUACAAAUUAUAUUUUGAACGGUAAAUUUUAUCAGCUAGGUUUAGAUCUAUCUUUUGAAAAUUUGAAAAAGAUAUUUCCCUACGAGACCAAGUUUACUUUCACUACAUAUGGUCCAUCUGGUUCUAUACAGGAAAAAGAUUACAUGUGUAUUCUUGGACUCAAUGCUUUGUACAAGUACAUAUUUUCUUUCUAUUGGUGGUGGUUAGUUAUCUUGACAACUCUUACUGUCCUAAACAUUAUCAUGCGUAUAGCGCUGAUCAAGUAUCGUCCAUUAAUUUGGUUCUGGGAAAAAAACAAGGAAACAUGGCUGCUGACAGAUAAGAGGUGGUUUAUCUCGCUCCGCUAUUCCGAUUGGUUGUUUAUGAAAUAUCUUCAAGAAGCAGUUUCUUUGAGAAAGUACAGAUACGUUGUUAGGCUUUUGGCGGAUCCGGAUCUGAGAAGACUUCCUGGAGAAGAUUCCUCUCCCGAAUCCAGUGAUGAAAACGGAAGUGAGGAGGAUACUGAGGAACAUGAAGAAAGAGAGAGAUAUAGAGAACUAUUGAGGACAAUAAUGCACCCCAUCCCAAUGCUUACAAAUGGAAAUAAUGGCGGCGACGGCAGAUCUGGAGAGCUACGUUUUCGGGCAAGAGGUCGUCAUUCAGGGCAGAGAGCUAGUGAAAGACCUAUAAUGUUGGAGUUACUUCCUAGGCCAACCAGUAUUGGUCAUUAUAAAGGAAAAGUUGAACCAAUUCCUGAGGAAGAAAGUAUUCCUGAAUCGAGAAAUGAAGACAUAGAAGUUUUGGUGUACACUCCCCAUCCAGAUCAAAACCAAACUAAUGCUGAUGGUGAGAGGCCGGAAGCAGAUCCAUUACUUGGCGCCAUUCCUGAUUCAGAAACUGGUUCUUCAAAGUCAGACGAAAGCGAUGGAGUUCAGUUGAACGUCACAGAAAAAAACAUCCAAUAUAAACCACAUAAAAAGAAUUAAAAAUGUCUUUCAAUUUGAAUUUGUAAUACACAUGAAUAAUUGAUUCACCCUUAAUAUUUUUUUCAUUUUUAUAUUUUUUGUUCAUUUUAUACUCUUUCUUUUAAUAACUUUUAUUAAGAAAUACUAUUUUUAUUAUUAUCCCUUGUUUAUGACAAUACUUUGGAUUAGAAUUAAUUAAUAUUCUUUGUAGUGAAUAAAAAUUUAAUUUUUUUUUUUUUUUUUUUGUAAAAACUGGAUUAAAAAGAUAUACUGGAAUACAAAUAUAGAUA